AUGUUUAGGAUGUCUUCACGGCUGUAUUCCAGUUCCAUUAUGCGCACGCUAGGCAGAAGAUAUGCGAGUUCUAAGGUAAUCGGUAUUGAUUUGGGAACAACAAAUAGUGCAGUUGCGUAUAUCAGAGAUCCACUGGACCUAAAAUCAGUCACAAUAAUUGAAAAUGAUGAAGGCAAACGUACAACACCAUCUGUUGUAGGGUUUAAUACGAGGGACGGAAGCUACAUAGUCGGGGAAGCUGCUAAGAGACAGGCUCUUAUAAAUCCUGAGAAUACGUUUUAUGCCACCAAAAGGCUCAUUGGGCAUCCUUUUGAAGACAAAAAUAUUCAAAUGGAUCUAAAACAUCUGCCUUUCAAAGUGGUCGAGAACCCUACAAAUAAACAAGCAUACUUGUCGACCUCCACCGGAGAGAUCAAGUCCCCUAGCGAAAUCGGCUCUGCUAUUUUGACCUAUUUAAAAAAAGCAGCAGAGAACUAUCUAAACGAGGAAAUAAACAAAGCUGUUAUCACGGUACCGGCCUAUUUCAACGACUCUCAGAGGCAGGCCACAAAAGAUGCAGGAACAAUGGCCGGCUUGAAGGUUCUCAGGGUGGUCAAUGAACCUACAGCAGCAGCCUUGAGCUUUGGACUAAAUACUGAAGACUACUCAGGUAUAAUUGCUGUUUACGAUCUUGGCGGAGGUACUUUCGAUAUUUCAAUUUUAGAUAUCGAGGGAGGCGUCUUUGAAGUACGUGCCACGAACGGCGAUACUCAUUUGGGGGGUGAAGACUUUGACAAUGUUUUAGUCAAUUAUGCGGUAGAUAAGUUUAUUGAAGCCAAUCCAGAAGUUGGUAAAGAGACUCUUUUGAAAAAUCGCGAGGUAAUGCAGCGGAUUCGAGCUGCUUCUGAACAAGCUAAGAUUGAUUUAUCUCAUGUUAAUGAAACUAGAAUUGAAAUCCCGUUCAUUUACAACAGUAAGCACAUCAAACUACCCAUAAAGGAACGAGAGCUGGAUAAUAUGACCAUGGACUUAAUCAAAAAAACGAUUCCUCCCGUCAAGAAAGCUUUGAAAGAUGCAGAGAUCGAGCCCGAAGAAGUGAACGAAGUUAUCUUGGUUGGCGGCAUGACAAGAAUGCCAAAAAUCAGAUCCGUUGUUUCAGAGGCGUUUGGCCAAGAACCUAACGCCAGUGUUAAUCCCGACGAAACGGUUGCAUUGGGUGCCGCCAUUCAAGGCGGCGUUCUUUCAGGAGAAAUAAAAAAUGUACUACUACUUGACGUGACACCCUUGACAUUGGGGAUUGAGACUUACGGGGGCGUGUUCACGCCGUUGAUCACACGGAAUACCACGGUACCCGUAAAGAAAACUGAAGUUUUCAGCACUGGCGUUGAUGGGCAAAAUGGUGUUGAUAUAAGAAUCUACCAAGGAGAAAGAGGGUUGGUGAAAGAUAAUAAGUUGAUUGGUGAUUUCAAACUUGCAGGCAUUCAACCAAUGCCAAAAGGUGUGCCUCAGAUUGGUGUUACAUUUGAUAUUGACGCCGAUGGAAUCAUAAACGUAUCUGCAUCCGAAACGAGCACAGGAAAGGAAAAUUCAAUUGCCGUUAUAGCAAAUUCAGGACUAACAGAAGAAGAAAUAAGCAGGAUGGUGGAUGACGCCAACAAAAAUAGAGAGUUAGACAACUUGAUACGACAACGGGUGGAAUUGAUAACAAAGGCGGAUAUUAUGGUCUCUGACACUGAAAAUGCGUUUGACAGGUUCAAAGACACGAUCGAGAAGAGUGCGUUAUACCCAGAAGUGCUCUCAGAACUGCAAAUGGUGCGUGGGUUGAUUGCAGACUUUAAGGCUAACGAGUCCGAUCUAAGUUACGACGUGAAUGAUGUAAAGAAAGCAACUGACCAAGUACAGAAGAGAUCUAUGCAACUAUUUCAGGACGCAUCUAAGAAAUAG